AUGGGUGGUUCUCUGCAGAUCUCAGCUAUUGUGGUUUUGUGUUAUGAGACUCUUGGAUCCCCUACAUCCAAGCAGGACUGCUUUGGGCACCAGCUGCAGGAAGCCCCGCACUGCCGGCGGCACUAUCUGAGCUCUGGCAUAGUGGGUCUGGCUGGUGAGAACUUGGUGAAUUUCCUGGGUGGUGAUAAUAAAUGUGAAGGCCAAAUACAGUUGCUGUAUGAUGGGCAGUGGGGCCUUAUGUGUGGGGACAGCUUGAACAUGCAGGAGGCCUCAGUGAUCUGCAGACAGCUUGGCUGUGGCUCUGUGCAUUCUAUUUCCCAGUAUAUUUUGACACCUGAAGAGAUGAAGCAACCUUGGCUGUAUGGUGCCCAGUGCCAUGGUGAGGAAGCCACCCUCUGGGAGUGCCUCCUGGGACCCUGGGGGACCCUCAGCAGCUGCAAAUGCCAAUGUGUGGCUGUGAUUAUCUGCUCAGGUGGUACCACGCGACAAAUCGGGCUAGCUGAUGGUAGCAGUCCUUGUGCUGGGAUUCCAGAGGCCACUGGCCUUUCAGGCCUUGCCCUGAGAUGUGACUUGCAGAAGGAGGAGGCUGGUGUUCUGUGCAGACAGCUGGAAUGUGGCACUGCUCUGCAGUGGUCCAGAGCCCAUCAUGGAGCAGAUAGGAAGGAAGAAGAGAAGUACGUUAGAUGCCAGGGAACAGAGCCUGACAUUUUACAUUGCCAGAUCAAUGUGAACUUCCUAGAGCAAUGUGACCUUCUGACCUACACCCAGGUCAUGUGCACAGGUCACGUGGAGGCCCGGCUGCUGGGUGGUACACACCCCUGUGAAGGACGCCUGGAGGUUCUUCGAGGACUUACCUGGGGCACCGUCUGCUAUGAUGACCUGGACCUGCCCAUGGCCAAUGUGGUUUGUCAGGAACUGGGGUGUGGCACCGCUGUAUCUAUCCUCGAGAGUUCCCACUUUGGCCACGGAUCAGGGCCUGUGUGGACAGAGGCCUUCCACUGUGUGGGCAAUGAGUCACUGCUGUUCCACUGUCUGAAGGAGCCUGGACACCAGUGUAGCCAUGGUCAGGAUGCUGCACUAACCUGCUCAGAGAAAAAGUUCCGACUGGUCAAUGGCAGCAGCAGCUGUGAGGGCCGUGUGGAGCUUCGGGUAAAGAAGAACUGGCAGCCCCUCUGUGCUGUCCACUGGGACUUAGCAGAUGCCAUGGUGCUCUGUCACCAGCUCAACUGUGGCUAUGCGGUUGCUAUACCCCAAGGAGGACACUUUGGAAAUGUGAGCGAUCUUAUCUGGACAGAUGUGUUUCACUGUGUGGGGACAGAGCCCCAUUUGCUGAGCUGCCCAGCAAGUACCCUAGGGGCCAAGGCAUGCACCCUGGAAAAUUCAGCCUCGGUUAUCUGCUCAGGUCUCCAGGAUGCCCUACGGCUGAGGGAUGGACAGAGCCACUGUGAUGGGCGAGUAGAAGUCUUCCUGGAUGGUGUGUGGGGGCGUGUGCUGGACAAUGCCUGGGACCUGCAUGAUGCUGCUGUGGUGUGCAGGCAGCUCGGGUGCGGAAAGGCACAGCGAGCCUAUGACGCUCCAGCACCCGACCACAAGACAGUCCCUGUGGGGUUGAGCCUGGUGCGUUGCUUGGGCUCUGAGACCCAUCUGGCCCAGUGCAAUGUGUCAGUGUCCCAGGUGGUGCCUGUGGGGACUUUGCAGGAUGCAGGCGUGGUAUGCUCAGGGAGCUUGCGCAUACGGUUGGCAGAGGGUAAGGGCCGCUGUGCUGGGCGUGUCGAAGUGUUCUAUCAGGGCACAUGGGGCACUGUAUGUGAUGAUGCCUGGGACCUGCGGGAUGCCCAUGUGGUCUGCAGGCAGCUGGGCUGUGGCUAUGCCCUCAGUGCUCCUGGGGCUGCCCAUUUUGGAGCAGGAACUGGGCGCAUCUGGAUGGAUGAACUAGGUUGCCUGGGCGAAGAGGCUGCUCUCUGGGAGUGCCAGUCAGGAGGCUGGGGUCAACAAGACUGUGGGCACAAGGAGGAUGCAGGUGUGGUCUGUGCAGAAUUUACUGAUAUAAGGCUGCAGGAACACAGCCAGCCAUGCACAGGCCGCCUGGAAGUUUUCUACAAUGGAACUUGGGGUGGCGUCUGCCAGUCCUUGAGUGCUGCCUCUUUGAGGGUUCUGUGUGAACAGCUGGGCUGUGGGUCCCAAGGACAGCUGCUGGCCAGGCCCAGGAGCUCAUCUACACUGGAGACUGUCUGGCUGAAGUCCAUUCAGUGCAGGGACAAGCAUGACAGGUCCUUGUGGCAAUGCCCCUCAGAACCCUGGAACAGGCAUUCUUGCCUCAGUGGAGAGGAAGCUUGGCUGGUGUGUACAGAAAAGACAGAAGUUUCUCAGGAUAUGGAGCAGAUUUCCAACUGCUCAUCAACACUUAGCUGCCCAGAGGAAGGUGCACUUCGCGUGUUUGGGGGUGCCAAUGGCUGCUCUGGACGAGUGGAGUUCUGGCACGGAGGAUCAUGGGGCACAGUAUGCGAUGACUCCUGGGACCUGGCAGAUGCCGAAGUUGUGUGCCGGCAACUGGGCUGUGGCCCAGCCAUAGCUGCCUUGCGUAAUGCUGCCUUCGGCCCUGGUUCAGGGCCCAUAUGGCUAGAUGAAGUGGGAUGCCGAGGCAGUGAGACGUCUCUGGGAGCCUGCCAGGCCGAACCGUGGGGAUAUGGAGACUGCUCCCACAAGGAGGAUGCUGGUGUCCACUGCCUGGAUAUCUCUACAACCGAGACACCAGGCAGUUCUCUGGCUCCUCCAUCUGCUCCUGAGGUCUGGACUCUACCUGAAAUUGCCUGCUUGGUUCUUGGCUGCCUCCUGGGCAUUGUUUUUCUGGUUCUGGCUGCUAAGUGGUAUCACAGCAGAGCCAUCAGCAUGGGAUCUGGAGUGAUGGGGCAGCUGCCCUCAGAUGCUAUCUAUGAAUACAUUGAAACAGUCUCUAUGGAGGAAAGGACAGAGGAGCCAGCAGCAACUCAGAGCCUGGUGCAGGAUGAGGAUUAUGAUGAUGCAGAAGAGCCUGAGGACAGCCCUGGGGAAGAUACAGAGGCUGGGCACCAUUGA